AUGGAUCGCGAGGGCCGAAGGCCCGAGCUUAAGAUCCAUCUCAAAAUGGGUCGCGAGGGCCGAAGGCCCGAGCUUAAGAUCCAUCCCAAAAUUAAUCGCGAGGGCCGAAGGCCCGAGCUUAAGAUCCACCCCAAAAUGAAUCGCGAGGGCCGAGAAUUUUUAAACGCGGCGGGCCGAAGGCCCGACGAGAUUUCCAGGGCUUUUUAUUAAAUGCCCGAGCUUAAGAUCCAUCCCAAAAUUAAUCGCGAGGGCCGAAGGCCCGAGCUUAAGAUCCACCCCAAAAUGAAUCGCGAGGGCCGAGAAUUUUUAAACGCGGCGGGCCGAAG